CUCGCAUACCAUGUCUACCUUAUCCAACGCCUUCUCCGGCACGUCGACCUCGACAGCCGUCAUCGUCCCCGGCCCUCCAGCUCAAGAGAUCAGCUACAAGCAGCUGUAUGCCGAUGUUCUCUCUUUCCAGCACAAGCUCGCAAAGCUAGGAAUCACCAAAGGCGCCGCCGUGUCGAUUGCCAUACCAAACAACUAUGCCUUCAUUGUCUCCUUCUUGGCUUCAGCAUGGCAGCGGGGAAUUGCUGCGCCGUUGAACCCAGCAUACAAGCAGAGCGAGUUCGAAUUCUACAUUGAUGACCUGUCAUCAGCGUUGGUUUUGGUGCCGCAAGGGCAGGCGGACGGGCCAGCGGUAAAGGCUGCCAGAAGAUACAAGGCCGCUGUGGCGGAGUGCUAUCAAGACCUAAAGACUGGUGAAAUAGUGCUCGAUAUCAAGGAUGAGGGCAAACUCGCAGGGCGUGGAAAUGUGCCGGUGGCAAAGGCAGAGCCGGAAGAUACUGCGCUGGUCCUGCAUACUUCUGGUACGACAGGCAGGCCAAAGGCCGUCCCGCUGUCGCACCGCAACUUGACGAGAACUAUGUCGAACGUGAAAGAUACUUACCAGCUCAGCCCAGCCGACCGCACAAUGCUUGUCAUGCCACUCUUUCAUGUCCACGGUCUGCUAGCAGCAUUCCUUGCUCCUCUCGCUUCUGGGGGCAGUGUGAUUGUCCCAGGUGCCUUCUCCGCCAGCACGUUCUGGACUCACUUUGUGACCCACAAAGCCAAUUGGUACACCGCUGUACCCACAAUCCACCAAAUUUUACUCAAAACACCCUCAGCCUGGCCCAGUCCUCUUCCAAACAUUCGCUUCAUUCGAAGUUGCAGUAGUCCGCUCAGCCCCAAAGUCUUUCAUGACCUCGAAGCAGCUUUCAAAGCCCCGGUACUGGAAGCCUACGCCAUGACAGAAGCCUCCCACCAAAUGACUUCCAACCCUCUCCCAUCAAAAGGGAAGCGAAAACCAGGCUCAGUCGGCAUCGGUCAAGGCGUCGAGGUUGCCAUCCUCGACGCGGAAGGCCACAAAGUUCCUCAGGGAAAGGAAGGCGAAAUCUCAAUCAAGGGAAGCAAUGUCACAGCAGGUUACCUCAACAACGAAAAAGCCAACCAAGAAGCCUUCACGUCGACGGGAUAUUUCCGAACCGGUGAUCAAGGGUUUCUUGACGCAGAGAACUAUGUCUACAUCACAGGUCGAAUCAAAGAGCUCAUCAACAAAGGGGGAGAGAAGAUUUCGCCUAUCGAAUUGGACAACACACUGGCACAACAAACCAAGAUUGCGGAGGCGGUAUCUUUUGCCAUACCCGAUGAGUUGUAUGGGCAAGACGUGGGAGUUGCAGUGGUGGUCAAGGAAGGAGAGAGUUUGACACAGGAAGAACUGAUUGAAUACAUGAAGUCGAAGGUGGCCAAGUUCAAGGUGCCAAAGAAGGUUUUCUUCGUCAAGGCCAUGCCGAAGACGGCUACGGGCAAGAUUCAGAGGAGGAAUAUCGCCGAUGCUAUGUUGAAGGGCGAGGCGGGCAAGCCGAAACUGUAGUGAUGACGAGAAGAGAGCGGGGAACGCAUGGUGUACACUCUGGUAGCACGGUUCCUGCGGUGAGCUUCACUUCUUCGUUUCUAGACAUGAGGAGAGCGACGAUGACACGGAGCAGCAAAGAUACCCCCAGAGACGAAGUUCUUCAACCAAAUUGCUCCAUCAUGUACUGCUGAAUUCGAGCCAUGAAGACCUCAAGUUAUCAACAUCAACGAGCUUCAAAGCCAAGGCAUAGAGCAGCAGGCUCAACAUUUGACCAGUUCCAUGUGUGUACAACUCAGCAAACCUCCAGGCUACCACUGCUCCUGACCUCGUCAGACGCGCUCCCCCGAGAAAUUGGCCAAGUCCUUUCCGACAAUAUUAUAUAGCAAUUACGAUAUACAAGGGCC